GAUGGGGAAACUAUGGGUUGUCAUCACAGAAUGUCACUAUCCUAGCUGCCGUUAGCUAGCUAAGUGUAACUAAAUGGACCAUAAGCUUUUCAAAAUGAGGUAGGUAGGUAACAAGUCAUAAGAAAUUACAAUUACAGCUACUUUUCAGCACUGUAUACAUAAAAACUAAUUUAGCUUCUUUCCGAAAUCGGAAAAACCGAAUUACUGAGUGUAUGCUGCUUGUAGCUAACGUUAACUAACGUUGGCUGACAUUGUACUAGCCUAACGUUAAUGUAAAAUAUGCCGCGUUUAACAGUUUUAUUUAGCCUAACGUAGCUGUAUGAAACGAUGGCAAGUGGGCGAAAUGAGUCGGCUGGCUAACGUUAGCUAGUUGUGCUUGCUGGUUGAAAUCUUAUUUCAGCUUGGCUAGCUAAGAAGCUACGCUACCUAGCUUUCAGUAAAUUUAGCGAUUAGCCUGCUAUGAUAUCCAUUCUAAGGAUCCCCGUUAAGUAACGUUUACUGCCGAUCGGUACUGUAACAAUCGGCAACCUGGCCAGUGCUAGUAUAGCAUGCCAUUUACGGAAUGGUGUUGCGUAACAUUGGUUAGACUAGCGGUAUUGUUGCUUGCUAGCUAAUUGAAACCAAUAACGCAUAUUUGUAGUAAUGUUUAGCUGAGAGAUAUUACACCCGCAAAGCCCCAUCGGCGCUAACGUUAACAUUAACUGAGCCGACUAGCCACCAGCUAACGAAUUAGCAAGAUAUCUAAUUAGCUAGCUAAAUAAUGAGCCGUCUUUCUGUCCAUUCGUUUAUAAUUUUGCUUUCCCAUUAAAUAAUAUGAAAUAUGAAUGAAUUAAGAUAGACUAUGCGAAAUACUCGCUAUCUUGCACAGUAGAACAAUUAACGUUAGCUUGGCUAGGCUACAUAGCAGUCAGAUAAGCGUACUAUAGCUCCACAUACAGAGCUCCGAAAAGUGCAGCGGACAUAACCAGAGUUAUCGUUACCUUUGCUAGCUAGCUCCGUGGUGAGAAUAACCAUGAAAGGAGCCACACUCCAGAUAAAAGCAGCUAGCUAGCAAAUCAGGCCAGUGACAGCCGUCUGUCUCCAGAUUUUGACAUGCCGGUGUGGAAAAGAAUGGGCACGCCAUAUGGUCAUCUCCCCUUUCAGCUCUGAGGAGAUGGAUGUCUGCAAUCAGAACCCUAACCGCACAGCCCCUGAGACGAUGGGUGGACCCCAGAGGGCGGAGCUGCCCCUAUGCUCUCGCACGAAUGGCUGGAGCUGGCCGCCACAUCCCUUUCAAUUCCUGGCCUGGCUCCUCUAUCUCUACUUCGCCAUCAUUGGUUUUGGAGUCUUUGUGCCACUGCUACCCUCUCAUUGGAUCCCUGCCGGAUAUAUUUGCACCGGCGUCAUGUUUGUAUGUCAUCUGUUUGUCCACCUGACCGCCGUCUCCAUCGACCCUGCGGAUUACAACGUCCGAGCCAAGAGCUACAAGGGCCCUGUGCCCGUGUUUGACCGCAGCAAGCACGCCCACGUGAUUGAGAACUGCCACUGCUACCUGUGUGAGGUGGAUGUGAGUCCCAAAUCGAAGCACUGCAGCGCGUGUAACAAGUGUGUGGCCAGCUUUGACCACCACUGCAGAUGGCUCAACAACUGUGUGGGCAGCAGGAAUUACUGGCUUUUUCUCAAUAGUGUGAUUUCUGCACUGCUUGGGAUAUGCCUCGUUGUUGUCAUCGCCAGUUACAUCUUCAUUGAGUUUUUUGUGGAUCCUUCAAAGCUUCGGACUGACAAGCACUUUCAAGUGAAGAACGAGUCGGUGGUGUGGUUCGUGUUCCUGCCAGUGGCUCCUGUGAGCACCUCUGGCCCCGCCAUCCCCGCGCUGGCUGGCAUCACCAUCGCCCUGGGGCUGCUGUCGGCCGUGCUGCUCGCACACCUGCUGUGUUUCCACAUGUACCUCAUGUGGAAGAGGCUAAGCACCUAUGAGUACAUUGUGCGUCAGCGACAUCGUCAGGAUGCCAGGGAUUCCACCAAAGCCCCUACUGGACCCGAAUCUGUGCCUCCAAACAUGAGUCUUGUGAAGGACGGGAGCUAUGCAGGUACGCUGGGCUACACCAACCCUGAGAUGGAGGUGGAGGUGGAGGAGCCCACCGCAGCGACCGCACGGGCAGGACGAGAGUUCUAUGGCAAUGGCAGUGUGCAAAACUCAUCGCUGAGGAUGGCUGACGAGGAGCCCCUCCCCGCCGUGUCCGCAGAGCACACGCCGGUCCCCCACUCACACAAACGCACACAGAAAAAGAAGAAGAAGAAACUGCACAGACUUCCUGAAGAGGCGACCAAUGAGAGAUCUGCAGAGAGCAGCUCCAGCAGACGGCUUCCUCCGAGACCUGCAGAGCCCGACCCCAGUGUGAGUGCGGCUACUGUGGUGGCCUCCCUGAGCCAGCGCCUCCCCUUCCCAGCAUUCCCUCUGCGGGCGUCCCUCCCCCCCCUGGCCCCCGUGCGGGCGACGGCCCCCCCGGCUGAGUACCACUCUGACUCUGCAGAGUCGCUGGAGGAGAUCCCCGUGGCCCUGGCGCAGCUGGGCAGUGCGGCCCCCGCGGGGCCCCGGGAGCCGGGGGCCUCCUCGUCCCUGCAGGCCCUGCGGCCCGUCCUGCCGCCCCUGCCCUCGCCCCAGCCCCGGACCAAGAGGAAGGCCCCCUCCCGACACCCCGGGGAGCAGCGCUUCGAGAUGCUGCCCCCCGUGGUGUUCGUCAGCAGGUCCAGCGGAGACCCGCCCGACCACAGAGACUACCCUGCCCCCGAGGACCCCCGCAAUGCCCUGGGGAGGCGCAAACAGACCAGCAAGAGGAGCCUGGAGGAGCCGGGCCCCAGGACAGGAACUCUGCUGCCUUAGAGCCGGCCAGAGUAGGGAAUGGGGCCUUCGAGCCGGCAGGAGCAGGGAACACCGCCUUAGAGCCGCUCUGUUGAGCGCUAACGUUAGCGCGUCUCUGGUCUGCCGCUAACCCUGCCGUUCUGGACUGCGGUCGAUAAAAGACAGUUGAAGGUGAAGACCUGGGUUUGGACCCUGCCUAUGCAAACACUUCAAAACAGGAGAAAAUGUAUCCGGAGCAUUUUCUCUACCUCUCGAUUUCCAAUUAGGGAAAGCCGUUUUUAAAAAGCUGACAGUUAACCACUACUUCAGUUUCUCAUGACACAUUUUUAAAUUACUUUCACUUGCACGUAGUUCACUGUAGCAUCACACCGUGAUAUAUUUUCUUAGCGAAUGUUUAUUUUAAAUGAUUUUUAAAAAUAUAUUUAUUCAAAUAUGUUAAAUGCCAAAGGAUAUAAGUACAUUAUUUUAAAUAAUGAAGAACCUAUGUUGUUACCAGAAACCUUAAUUUUUUAUUAUUGUUUUUAUUUUCCAUGGAGAUGAUGCAAAUUUUGUGUACUUGUUAUGUCUGUGUUCUGUACUGUAGUUUCGUAUUCCUUGUUCUGUUCUUACGGGGCUUUGGCCUGGGGCAGUGCUACACGCUGUGAGCUGUUCAUUUAAAAAUCAGUGGUUCACCAUCUGACAGGACCUAUAAUGGAGCCCAGCAGGGCCCAAACACACACAGGCUUCUCACACGGGAUAACAAACACACUGCAGGUUAUGAGCCAGGCUCUCCGAUGAAUAUCGUUUUAUGGUAAUGAGCCAAUCUCCCUUCUGCAUAUAAUGUGCAUUAAGGAGAAGUCGGGGAUAUAUUUCAGAAUGAGGCACUGUGUCGUCCUCUUCUGUCCUCCCCGGCAUAUCAAGCUUUCUCCAUAAUGACAUUUAUCUGCCAGUGAGCGGCUUUGGAGAUAAUCAGAUAAGCACAGCACACGCAAGCAAACAAAACGCUGAUGGUAACUGUCCAAACAAUAUAUGAUAUAUGCCUUUUGGUAAAUAAACAAUGAAGCAUUUUGGAUUCAGUUGUGUGUGUACCUAGACCUCACACGGAAGAAACAAGGUGAGCCAUCACUGCCAAAUCUCCUUAAACUAACCAUAACUAAAAAUAACCAAGCUAAGAGCCUGCAUCAUCUGACCUGAACUGACCCCCGCAGACCACAGCCUGUCAUUGAAAACAACUGGGCCACAGCGUGUAGAGCACCCCUCUCUGGUCAUGUCCUUCAGUAAGAGAACCCGCGUUUGAUCCGAGGUAACCAAGUCAGCUAGCUUCAUUGUUUUUGAAAGCAAAAUGAUACUUGUCCUAAAGUUCAAAGCAGAUUGUGUCUUGUGAAGGACUUAACCUCAUCUCAAUUUGAGUCCAGUCAUAAACUAUUUUAUUUAUUGAAACUGUCUGUUGUACUUAACAUUUCACGUAAAUACUUUCAACCACUUUAUUUUCUACGGUUUACCACUUGCACAUUUUGGUAACACUAAUAAUAAAUUUGACCUGGUCGUA